UCCUGUAAGCAGGAAUCAUCUUCAGUCUUGUUUCUUCUUUUGAUGAUCCACAACCUUUGAACCCUGCAGGAAUCCAAGGCCUCUACACACUCCACCCUCCUCCUGAUGCCUGCAGCCAGGAUCUACAAACAGGCUCAGCAAUUCCUCACCUUCUGCCUCAAUGAGCCCUGGAGACACUGGAGGACUUGCUUAUAUCUCAUUUCCACCAUAAAGCUUUCCCCAGAUUGCCCAAGGUAAACAUGGCCCUACCUCUAUUACAUUAUGUUAUUUUACUACUAUUGUUAUUUCUAUUACUAUACUCUGUGUGCGUGUGUGCACACAUAUUCCCAUUUGAUUGUUUAUUCAUCCUGGUUUUGGUAUGGCAUAUGUGUUUUUUACACAUAUCAAACAUUAAACCAGGUGUGGUAGUUGGUACACACCUCUAAUCCCAGCACUCAGGAGGCUGAGGCAGGAGGAUCAUUGUAAAUUCAAGGCCAGCCUGAACAAAGUGAGACCCUAUCUCAAAAUAAAAACAGUUAAGAAACAUUAUAUGAGAUUAAUUAAAUGGGUCUUUUUUUUACCCCAGUCUCUCCUCAUGACAACCUUUUCAUCUCAUAGUGUUAUUUUCUUUGUGCGUCCUUCUAAAACUAAAGUAAAACCUAUGCGAUGAGAAGCUUAUCACAGAAAUACUGUCACCUAAAUCUAACUGUGCUGUCCUCCAGAAAACAUCUUGGAGAAAACUCUUCCACUUCUGUUCUGCUUUUCUUAUCUACAGAAAUGAUUUAGAAAUGAGUCACUUAGAACUUCUCCCUCUGAGAUCAGAUAGUGGUGGAGGUCAUGAGGCUUACUUUAGGAAAGAGAGAAACAGAGAACUAAGCAAGUUGCCCAGAGAUACUAUGUGCCUUCACUGUGGCUAAGUGCGGGACCGGAGGGCUCUGUGGAGAACACAGAUUGCUGCGCGAGCCUUCACAAGUAUCUCCACUUUUUGAAAUUUAACCAUGGAGUCUUUCUCUGCUGAGACCAACUCGACUGGCCUAUACUUAGAGACGCGGUAUCCACCCCAAACAAUUCUUGCCAUGGCCAUUCUUGGCCUCACUUUCAUACUGGGAUUGCCAGGCAAUGGGCUGGUGCUGUGGGUGGCUGGUUCGAAGAUGCAACGCACAGUAAACACGGUUUGGUUUCUCCACCUCACCUUGGCAGACUUCCUCUGCUGCUUCUCUUUGCCCUUCUCCGUGGCUCACUUGGCUCUCCAUGGAUACUGGCCCUAUGGCAAGAUCCUAUGCAAGUUUAUCCCCUCCAUCAUCAUCCUCAACAUGUUUGCCAGUGUUUUCCUGCUUACUGCUAUUAGCUUAGACCGCUGCUUGCUGGUACUCAAGCCAAUCUGGUGCCAGAAUCAUCGGACUGUGAGAACAGCCUGUGUUAUCUGUGGAUGCAUUUGGCUGAUGGCUUUUGUAAUGUGUAUACCUGUAUUUGUGUACCGGGAAACAUACACCCUAGACAACCACACUAUCUGUAGAUACAAUUUUGGUUCCACCUCAUUUGAGUAUCUGGACUACACCUACGACCUAGAUACAUUGGACCACGGGACUCCUGACCCCAUUGUCCAGCUGCCUGGAGAAAUGGAAGAUAGACUGGCCCCUUCUUUCCAAACACAUGAUCAUCCUUGGUCAGUCACCACUAUCUAUUCUCAAACAUCUCCAAGACCUUCUGGAGAUUCAUUCCAUAUGGGUUCCACAAAAUUAUCUAGUCAACAUAAAUCUGCUGAUGUGGGCUCACUCACAACCCUCAGUGGGCUUUCCAUGGAAGAGAACAGAACUAACACAUUAAAUAACUCUGAUCGUUUUCUUUCCACUGAUUUAGACCUGUUCCCCAAUGCUUCUCUCAAUGGCUUAACCACACCUGAGCUAUCACAAGACUUCCAGGAUGAUUAUUUAAACCCACUAAUGUAUGAAGAGCAAACACAUUUGAUGGCAAUAACCUUCACAAGACUAGUGGUGGGUUUCCUGCUGCCUACGAUUAUCAUGGUGGCCUGUUACACCCUCAUUGUCUUCCGAAUGGGACGAGUUCGCAUCAUCAAGUCUCGGAACAAAACCCUUAGCGUGGCCAUGGUGGUGAUGACUGUCUUUCUCGUCUGCUGGACUCCGUACCAUGUUUUCGGAGUCCUCACAUUGUUUACUGACUUGAACAGUCCCUUUGGGGAAGCUCUGCUGUCCUGGGACUGUGUGUCCAUUGCUCUCGCAUCUGCCAAUAGUUGCUUCAACCCCUUCCUUUACGCCCUCUUGGGGAAAGAUUUUAGGAAACGAGCACAGCAGUCUGUGAAGAGCGUUCUGGAGGCAGCCUUCAGUGAGGAGCCCACAAGGUCUACCAGUUGUACCCAAACCAAAGUCUUUUCAGAAAAACACAGCCUCAGUACAAGUGUGUGAAAAUACAGAGCAGCCAACAUAAGAUGUUCAUAGGUGAAUAGUUGCAAAAGGAAGAGUGACAUGGUAAUCAGAAACCACUCAUCAAUCCAGUUGUUCUCACAGUGUGGGCCUGGACUGCAAGCAUCAAUAUCACCCGGAAAAUGGUAGAAAUGCAAAAGCCCCAUCCCAGAUUUGCUAAAUCAAAACCACUGGCUAGGGAGCCUGCUAAUUGUUUAAUAGGCCAUCUUGGUUUUGGUUCAAGUGUGGUAUUUCCACAUAUGCAUAUAGCAUACACUGAUCAAAUCCAACCUUCUACUGGCCCAAUUUCUAGUAAUCACUAUUCUACUUUGAGGUUGGCAGUUUUCAACUUCCAUGUAUGAGAAUAUGCAGUACUUGUCUUUCAGUAUCUGCCUUAUUUCACUUAACAUAAUCCCAUUUGUCUUCCUGCAAAUUUCCUGAUUUCAUUCUGUACAGCUGAAUACUACUCCAUGGUUUAUAUGUACCAUACUUUCUUUCUCCAUUCAUCUGUUGACAGGAAUCUAGGCUGAGUCCAUCCCUUAGCUACUGUAAACAGUGUUGUAAGGCUGGGGAUUUAGCUCAGUGGUUUCGCCGCCUGCUGUGCAAGAGCAAGGACCUGGGUUCAAUCCCCGGUACCAAAAAAAAAGUGUUGCAAUAAACUUGCUUCGAUUCGUAAAAUACCCAAGCCCUGCCACCUUCUCCUUUUUAUGUGUUAACCCUUUGAAAUUUCAGCCUUGCUUAUACUACAACAUAGCCUCAUACAAGCUAAAUAUGACUUAAUCUAAAAAGUAGAAAGUGGGAUAUUUUUAAGAUUUGCAAGGUUUAAUGGUUAAGGUGAGAGACUGGAUACAAAUCUGUUGUGAAGUACUGAGCAGAAAAAUUUCAAAUCACAAGGAACUCUGUAGGCCGUGAGGUAACAAUAUGUGGCAUGCCUAAGAUUUGUAGGGUUACCUAUAAAUUUCAUUUGCUUAUAAAUUGUGUGAAUAAAUGCGCUUUUCUAU